GCAGGGAUGGCUGAAAAGGAGGGAGGCAUGACCAGGUCUGUAAGUAAGGCAGCUGCACAAUUGGUGAGUGAGAGUUAAGUCUGUCUGCCUGUUUUUCUGUCUGUCUGUCUGUCCGUUUACAAAUUCCCCCCAAAGUCUCCCUCCCUCCCGUGGCAGGCAGGCAGGCAGGCAGGGAUGUGAAUGCCUGCCUGCUGCUUCCGGUCCCCCCAUCGCCCCAUAUGAAUGAAAGUGACACAUACACCACACAGACCCGCAGAGAAAGAUACACACACCACAAACCGCACUCAAGGCACACACACAUUCAAAGGAGGCAGCUCCGGCACACAGAGUCAGUCAGUCAGUCGUUCACACACACCCACACACCCACACACACGCGCUGGAGCCACACACAUACACACACACGCGCUCUUCUCCUUCUCUCGUUCUCUCUGUGGGUGCUCUGAGGGGUGGGUCGACGGGCCAUAUAUCGCCCCACAGACGCAUCGACACACCGCUCAUCUCAUCUCAUCGCUCAUUCACUUCUUCAUUCGCUGCACUCUCACUCACACAAGCCUCCACAAAACCAGUGCCAACCGAUCCCUCAGACCCACCCAUCCCCUGUGUGUCUGCCUGUGACGGUCACUGCACUAGGUAACAAAGACAGGCGCCAAGGUGGGAGGGGAGGGGGAGAGGGGAGAGGGGAGAGAGGAGAGAGGAGAGAGGAAUCACACGCGCACACCACAAAUCGGCCAGAAAUCUCCGCAUUCAAAUACCCCCCCACCCCAGUCAGUCUGGCAGCUGCCUGGCAGUGCCAAUGCCUGUCUGUCUGUCCCUCACUCGUCAAUCCAUCCAUCCAUCCGACCAGCUCAUCUCCCAGUGAGUGUGCUGGCGCAAAAAUCAGUCAGGCCUCAGCUUGCCUGACCGUCCACAGCCAGGCAAAGCGACGGAAAAGGCGCUCAUACAGAGAGCAGUCGCAUGGCAUGGUGGCCAUGCCGGCAGGCCGGCAGCCAGGAACUAGGUAGCUCGGUGCGCAUAGCCGGCUGGCUGGCUGGCUGCUCUGCUCCUGCAAAAUGGAUCGGUGGAUGGAUGGAUGGAUGGAAGGGCCCCCAUAGGCACACACACACACACACACACACACAAACACACACAAACACACACACACGCGCAGUCCAUCCACAAAUUAAGCCCACUCACAUCACACUCAGACACACACACCCCUCCCCCCCCACACACAUGCAUCGCACCACCAUUCAUCACUCACUCACUCACUCACACAACACAUGCAGCGUACGCCAACAAAUUGCCGUCAUCGUCUGUCUCAUAUCAUCCCUCUCACCGACCCAUACAUAUCCACGGCCAACACGACACACUCACUCUACAGACCCACGACGCCCUCAGUCCUCAGUGUAUGGCGGCGGCGGAGGCUGUGGCUGUGGUUGUGGCUGUGGCUGCGGCUGUGCGCCCCUCUCGCCCACCCCCUCCGCGUGUGCGCCUUCAGCUUGGCUGUACAAGGGAUAUGAGGGAUACGAGGCCGCGUCGGGGGCCUGCUGCGCCCGUGGGGGCAUGCGCAGGGGGGCUGGGGGCGCGAAGGAACUGUCAGUGGCUGCUCGGAUGUACGUGGGCGGGGGGAGGGGGAGGGGGUAGGGGGAGGCGCCAGGCAACUCCUGCAAAACACCAGACGCAGAAAGAGAGAGGGAGUGAGGGGUGGACCCCUGUCUGUCUGUCUGUCUGUGUCUGACCCUUGUUUGAAUGGGAGCCCUGUGCGUCUGCACUUCCAGGUAUUCGCGAUGGUCGCGUAUCCUUCGCGCAACCGGCAGGGCAAACACCAUCUCCCACGGAUCAUCAUAGCCCCAAGACUGCACACCACACACCACACCACAAACAGCACCAGACAAACAGACUGGUUCCAUGGAUGGCCGCAUCGAUCGCAUCUGUGAGCCCCUCAGCCCCCCCAACCCCCCCAGCCCCCCCACCCCCCCACAACACACAACACACAACACACCUCAUCUCUUCGGUCGAUGGCGAAUGGUCGCGACACGGCCUGUCCCUCGCGAUAGUCCCGAUUGAGCAUCGCCUGCACCGCCUCGCUGAACCGCACCCACUGCCCCUCACCCCCGCCGCCGCCGCCGCCCCGUCCCUGCUCCGACCUGUACCACCACACCGCAUCUCUCGACGCCCUCCGCUGCGCCAGCGCCUCGCUGAUCAUCCGCUGCCGCACCAAACGAUGCUCAGACGGAUGGGAAGUCAGCUCAAUGAACAGCAGACCCACAGCGGCGUAGUCGAAGGCUGCAGACGCCAGCCGGUCAGGCGAGUAUGACGCCGGGGAGGCCGGCAACACCACCUCAGGGACAGGGUUGUGGUCGCCUCUCGGUUGCCGCCUCCUGCCCCUUCUGUGCGGGAGGGGAAGGAGGGAGAUCUCCUCUCUCAGCUGGCCGGGGACGUGUGUGGCUGUGUUUGGUAGGAAUGUGGCGGUGCGGUGAGCGGUGGGUGGCUGGGGCAGGGGUGGGAGGGAGAGGUCGGGGACCAGAGAGCACUGCAGACGGUCGACGGGAUGGUGAAGCGUGUAGGGCAGGUCGGGCGGCCACAGAGUCGGGCUGGCCACACACACACACACACACACACACACCACACACACACCGAUCCAGCAUGUGCGCCCUUCCUCCCUCCCUCCCUCCCUCCCUUGCGACUCACUGGAGUGCGUCCGAGUAGGAGUGUCUGAUCUGGUUCGGGUUGACGAGCAGCUGCAGGGCAUACAGCACAUACUUGCCGCCCAAAGAGAAGGGCUGCGACGACAGCGACGCCAGCUCCAGCGACGGACUCGCACACCUCAUCCUCCCCGUCACACGCAGCGGGGGCAGCACCUCCCUCCCGAUAAGGCUGCCGGGCGCCCUGUCGAUGGGCAUGCGGAUCUGCUGCCUCCCGUCCUCCUUGCGCCGCACCGGCAGCAAAAGCGACGCCUCGAAGAAGCCGAGAGAUGUGGAGAGGCCGCUGUAGACGACGUUGAAGGCGGCGUAGAGGUCGGGGGGCGGCAGCCGCAGACCGACCCGCGUCCAGCCGGCCGGCAGGCUGUAUAUGUCACCUGCAGAGCAGAGAUGGACAGAGAGAGAGAGAAGGAGGGGAAGAUGUGUCUAAUUGGCUGGCGUGUCGGGUGUGUGGUGGCUGUGUGUGUGUUCAAGUCGAUGUGCAGGGACGGCACUGUGCCGACCGUUUCUGAAGAGAACGGGGUCGUCGCCCGCCAUGGCCCCUCCCUGGAGCACCCUGUCGCUGUCAUCUAGCUCAAACACCUUAUUGCCCGAGUGGUUGAAGAACCUGAUAUAUGUAUCAUUGACAUGACACACAGACCGACAGCCGCAUGGCACGUGGGUGGGUGCAGCAGACAUGUCCCUCCCUCCCUCCCUCCCUCCCUCCCUCCCCCACUGCCACUGACUCACCAAGGGUUGGGUGCGAUGAAGGUCGAUUCCUGCACCUCUUGCAGGAUCUUGUCGGCAUCGAAGGUUGCCACCUCCCACUCGCCCGCCCCCUCGCCCCACGCCAGCGCCUCGAACGGCUUGUCAAACGUCGAUCGGCAAAAGAUGCGCAUGUGCUCGUAAAACCGCUGGACGACAGCCUCCUCAACCCCAGUGGGCCCAGCAGCAGCAGAAGGAGCAGGAGCAUGGCCUGGCAGCUGACUCGAUGAAGCGGCAGAGGCAGAGGUUGGCAGGGCGGAUGCGCCUGAGGCGGAUUGGUUCGUGCCGUGUUGCUGGGCAGGAGGGAGGGGAGGGACUCUGGGACUGUCUUGCAUCCAUCGUCACUCGGCCUCAGUGCGCAUCGGGCCUUCUCUCCGCCUGUAGGCGGCGGCUGCCCAUGGCGGCCCCAGAGCGGCCGUAGACACGCCUAGACGCCUGGAUGGAACGUCUACGAUGUAUGUAUGCCCUCAAGACGCACGCCAACAGAGAAGGAAUCUCUGAGAGGUUGGAUGGACCAGGGAGCCAAGGACAACACUGAGUUGUAUGGAUCUGAUGCUUUUCUGGUUAUCUGACGUACCUGUGGUUCGUCACGGCCCGUUGCGCGCCCACCUUCUUUCCCCUCCUGCCCGUCGCUGCUUGAGCUUGCAACCCCGCGUGAAACCUGGGGAUGGGCGGUAUCUACGUAUGGAGUCAUGGUGCCUGACGCACGC